AUGCAGCCUCUUCACAGGAAGAGAAAGGAAAAAGAAAGAGGGGGAGGGAAUCAAACUGAUUCUAAGCCAAAGGCCAGGUGGAACAACUCUGUCUUACAGGCCCUGCGGAAAGAUAUCAGAUCCUGCAGGGCCAUGGUCUCACGAGGCAGAGCGUUCCACCAGGCCGGAGCCAGUGUUGAGAAGGCCCUGGCUCUGGUUGAGGCUAAUCUAACUUCCUUAGGACCCGGGACCACUAGGGUGUUGCUAUUUAUGGAUCUUAAGGUCUUCCGUGGGGCAUACCAGGAGAGUAUUGUAGAUUCUGUAUAUCACAGAAUAGUCAUUGAGGUGUCCCCAGAUGUUGUUGUCCAGUUCCCAUCAGCUUUAGCCAGCAGGGCUGACAGUCAAGGAUGA